UGUUAGUCGUCUAUUGGUAGAGAUCGUGAACGGUUUAACUCGGAUCGUUACGUGAACUGCAGUUCGCGCGCGCGAAAAAAUACAGUCACACAAUCGAAACCCUGCACCUUAUAAACAUAAUAGCUACAUAAACGCAGAUGCCAAGUAAUUAGAAAUAUUGAAAUAUUAAUUAAUUACGAAAAAAAAGUGCCUGUACAGUUGUGAUUAAUUUAUUUGUGCAAAAUAUUUGAAUACAUAUGUAUGUAUGUACAUACAAGUACCCUGAAGUAGGCACUCAUGAGUCUUCUGCAUGGCAUAGACUUUGAACGUGUCAGUAGGUGACGUAUACGCAACGUGUGAUAACCAUAAACGCGUGUACAAGAUAUGUAUGUAUGUAUGCGCUACAUACAAAAGUACUUUGCAGAUAUAAAGACAGCGGCGUCAUUAUCAACUACAAUGCACAACUAAUUACUUUACAGUUAUAUGAAAAACCUUCUUGACACACAUACAUAUGAAAAUAUGUACAUACAUAGGCAUUUGGCAGUGCAGAAACUUUGACUGUGACAAAAAGACAACAAAUUAACCAAAAGCUGUAUCAGCAAAAUAACAAAGUUUAUUGCCAUAGCUGCGGCAGCACAUCAUGCCACCAACGGAAACCACAAAUUAAAGUCAAAGUGAAUAUUUCGCUUUACAAGUAAAAAUUUAGUUCUAGCAAAGAAUACAAAGAGUAAUCAAUCCACCACUAAUUUUGACGUAUACCACAGACGGCGAAGUGGAAAGGUUUAUUAGCUCCUAGCUUGUGCGAAAUUCUAGUGAAGUUGUUAACAAUUUGGCAGAGUCAUCAGCCACAGUUAAGCCAAGCGAACUUUCUGAAGGUCUUUCACACAAAGCGAGCAUACGAUUUGCUUGUUUGGCGCACAUGUGGACACGCACACGGCAGUAGCACACACACACACACAUGCAACGAUACAUACAACUAGAUAUAAUUAACAACGCAAGGAAUUGAGUGGUGGAUGGUCCCAUUUUUCGGCUGCUACUUGCCCGCAGUUUGGAAAGAUAAAAUAUUUGCGAAAAAUUCGGCUAUUUCUUCUUUAUAACAGCCGCCACAAUGAGUUAUGAUGACGUCAUCAAUUAUUUGGGCGAUUUCGGCAAAUAUCAGAAACAAAUAUAUUUUUUGCUCUGCCUACCGGCGAUUUCAUGCGCUUUCCACAAGCUAGCUGGUGUAUUCCUUUUGGCGCGCCCAGAAUUUCGUUGCCUACUGCCGUUCGAGAAUCUGUUAAAUGCAACAUAUGACUCUUUUCCGUCCGAAUAUUGGAAUCUGACUUAUCCUAUAGACCCACUAACCGGUAAAUUUCAGCGUUGCGAAUAUUAUAAUACUGACUAUACGACGGACUAUUUGCAGACGGCUACCACGCCGGCCACAGGCAAUGGCACUGUCAAAUGCAGUCACUAUGUCUACGAUCGUUCAAGGUACGAGAAUAGCGCGGUCACCGAAUGGGAUAUGGUGUGUGCACGCGGCUUGCUGACUGCCACAAGUGACAGCUUAUUUAUGCUUGGCGUGUUGUUGGGCAGUAUUAUAUUUGGACAAAUGUCGGAUAAAUAUGGCCGCAAACCAAUUUUCUUUGCUUCUCUGGUUAUACAAGUUAUCUUCGGCGUACUGGCUGCUAUUGCUCCCGAGUACUUUACCUAUACCAUAUCACGUAUGGUUGUGGGCGCCACAACGUCCGGUGUCUUUUUGGUCGCCUAUGUCAUCGCUAUGGAAAUGGUGGGCUCAACAUAUCGACUUUUCGCCGGCGUCACCGUACAAAUGUUCUUCUCACUUGGUUUCAUAUUAACAGCCGGUUUUGCAUAUUUCAUACACGACUGGCGUUGGCUGCAAAUAGCGCUCAGUUUGCCCGGUUUAUUAUUCAUGUGCUAUCAUUGGGUCAUACCGGAAUCGGCCAGAUGGUUACUCUCUAAAGGUAGAAAAGAAGAGGCAAUCGUUGUCAUUGAGAAGGCGGCACGCAUAAACCGUGUAACCAUACCCAGUGAGGUAUAUGACAAUCUAAUUGAUGAAGCAGCUGAGCGUGAGAAAAAAGAUGAGAUUGUGUCUGAAGGCGCAGAUGAAAAGGCACCCACCGUAUUCGAUCUGUUGAGAUAUCCGAAUUUGCGUAAGAAAACAUUAGUCAUUCUCUUCGAUUGGUUUGUGAACAGCGGCGUGUACUACGGGCUAUCGUGGAACACUAAUAAUCUUGGUGGCAAUGUUUUGUUAAAUUUCAUGAUUUCUGGUGCAGUUGAAAUCCCCGGCUACACAUUCCUCCUAUUCACGCUGAAUCGUUGGGGUCGCCGCACAAUACUUUGCGGUUGUAUGCUGGUCGCUGGCGGUGCUCUGUUGCUGACCAUAGUUGUACCGGCAAACAAUAAUUGGCUCAUAAUAUUAUUUGCUAUGAUUGGCAAAUUAGCCAUUACCGCAUCGUAUGGCACUAUAUACAUUUUCUCAGCGGAACAAUUUCCUACAGUGGUGCGUAACGUGGGUCUAGGCGCAUCGUCAAUGGUGGCACGUGUUGGCGGCAUCUUGGCGCCAUAUUUAAAUUUAUUGGGUGAAAUAUGGCGUCCUCUGCCUUUAAUCGUGUGUGGCUCCUUGGCAUUCUUUGCCGGUCUCCUGUCUUUAAUGCUGCCCGAGACGCUUAAUAAACCGAUGCCGGAAACGAUUGCCGACGCCGAACAGUUCGGAAAACGUACACGCAAUGCUGAGUUCGUCGAAGCUGGCGGUGAGGAGUUAGCAAGAAUUGUUACACCCGAGGACAAAAAUCACGUUGCGAAUGGAAAGUCUGCAUGAUAAUAUUGGCUAAAUUGUUUAAGGGAAUCUAUUUCAAUACUAGUAUACCGUUAUCUUAAUAUGGAAAUUUCUUAACUGAUACAACAUAUUCGCAUUGAAUUUAAUUAGUUAUGGUAUUAUGUUAAGAAAAAAUUUAAAUAAUUUACAAAAACAAUAAUGCAUGCACAAACUGUACUUUGGAUUUUUUCACAUUAAGGUAACGGUACACAAACAAUUAUCAUUACGAUUACUAUUGUAUAACUCUGGAAAAAACUUUUCAAAUAACCAAAAAAUUUUUAUCUUUAAAUUUGCAUAGUGAGGAUUUCCAACUACCACAUUAUUUGACAUAAAUUACAUCAAUUAGUAAUUACAUUAAUGUUAAUUUAAUAUUAUUGCUCUCCAAAAUAAAAAGUUCUCUCUAAAAAUAUAUAUUUUAAUAAAGACAUAACAAUUAUGUUAUCUACUGAACCUCCGGUUCACUUACAAACUAUGUGAGUAACACUGAUUGCAACUAAUCUCAAUAUUUCGUGCGCUCUCAGAACUGCAGUUAAACCUAACUCGUACUUCUAUAACUCGAAGUUCUCUAUGACUAGAAUUCUUAAAUUAGCAAUAAUGUCAAAUUUCACAAAAAUAUCCUUCCAUAACUCGAAGUCUCUCUUACUCGAAAUGUUUUUGUGGAUUAUGGUGAUUCGAGUUAGGGAAGUUCAAGUGCAUUUCUAUAUAUGGUACGUAUGUAUGUAUGUACAUGUGUAUGUAUGUAUGCCUUUGCACAGACAAUUUGUUUCACUUGCAUUUGUAAUUCUUAAUUAGAUUUGAACAUUCUCAAGUAUAAAAUACUUAAUAUCUUAUAUAAAUUUAUACUAGUACCAGAGUAUUACGACACAUAUUUUUAAUAAGAUUAUGUGA